AUGGGCUGUACCACUGCAGACAAAGAUGCCCAGUUUAUAGGGAUCUGGAGGAUUUCCCGCCACUUUGGGGCGACGAAGUAUGCCGCUACAUCACUUGGGAAGAAUCAACGAAGUAACCAUGCACUACAGAUCGAAUACCUUCUUGUUUCAUUGGAUCGACAGAACAAAACAGCUACAGUGUCAUUGAAACAGCCAGAAAUUUUGAAGAAAUGGGAGGAAUUAUAUCAAAACUCGCAGAUGACAUCUGAGCUACAUCCUGAGUCAAUGAUAUUCAUGGUGGAAGGGGUAGCCGAGCCCCCAUACGGAGACAACUUCAAAUCGAUGCUGCCGGUGGAAAAGGACAUGAGAGAUCGCCGGGCUGCACUUCAGGCCUGCCUGGGGUUGGACGAAUUGCCACUUACUAUUCCUAUGUUCCCCCGGCUCGGGGCAGGAAAGUUCACCACCCCCGAGCCCAUGAGCAGCAAAAGAUUAUACUCGCACGCCAUGUCAGAAGAUCUCUUUAGCCAUUUCGAACGUUCCAAAGUAUUGUCCGAUAAUCUGCGAGGUCGCCGGGGCACUAUUGCAGGAGCAAACAUCCCGGUGUUCCAAGACAAGAACACCGCGCGGUCGUUAAAGGACCAGUCUUUGGAUUGGAGUCACAUAAAGGAAGAAACGCCAGCCUCUUUCCCCGGCCCAGCUCCCAACUGCGUAUAUGUCGACCAUUUCUCGUGGAGCGGUGGAGCCUGUGGGCUACAGGCUACCUUCCAAGCAAAGAACAUACGCGAAGCACGGUCAUUACAUGAUCAACUGUGUCCGUUAAGCUCUCUCAUGCUGGCUCUCACAGCGGGGAGCCCUUGUUACAAGGGCUAUUUGGUCGACACUGAUUGUCGCUGGCACGUUACCAAUGCGCUGAAUGACGAUCGUUCAAUGGAAGAGAUAACGAGUCAGAGCAAAAUGGGCGAGAACUCGAUCGCAUCACAAAUGCGGUGGUCAUUUAGUCCCAUGUAUGCCGGGCAUGGUGACAAUAAACUCGGCGAAUACCAAUCAUAUGGCAAUGGGAAUACAGAAGACCUAGCCUUGCUCGAGAAGGCAGGAAUGGACACUGAUCUCGCUCGAUUUUUCGCCCAUAUGCUAAAAUUCGACCACUUAGUCGUGGACCCGAAUCAUCUUGAGCCCGAUUCCCCAUCCGAUACAUACCACUUCCGUGCUCUGAUCGGUAGUAUGUGGCCCGAUAUCCGCUUCAAACCCCCGCCAGAUGGAAGUGAUAUCGGAUGGCGCGUGGAAUUCCGUCCGAUGGAGGUACAAAUGACUGAUUUCGAAAAUGCCGCCUUCGUCGUCUUCAUGGCAUUGAUGCGUCGGGCCAUUUCAUACUUCGAUCUGAAUUUCUAUCUGCCCAUGGAACUUGUUGCCGAGAACAUGCGACGAGCCGUGAUGAGAGACGCGGUCAACCAACAAAAAUUCUGGUUCAGGGAGAAUGUACUACCAGGGGAAUGUCCUCCAGGCUCGCCUUUGUCUGGUCACGAGACCGACGACUCAAACUCGGGUGAUGGGCAUAGGGAAAUGAGCCUGAAGGAAAUUAUGUGCGGCUCUGAUGAGAAUCCACGGGGCUCGUCUGAUCCCUUCCCUGGAUUGAUAUACCUGGUUCACUCCAUGCUUGAUGCCGUCAAUCUUGACCGCCAUACCAGAAAUGUCCUUGAUGGCUAUUUGGAAUUCGUGGCUAAAAGGGCCUCGGGAGAGCUAUGGACGACGGCGAAGUGGAUGAGGCACUUUGUCCAGACACACGACAAAUACCAAGCAGACAGCGUGGUCUCGGAGGAAAUUUGUUAUGACUUAAUCUGUGCGAUCGAGGAUAUCACGAUGGGUAGGGCGCGUGGACCUACUUUUUAG